UUGUUAUCUCAUGUGAGCGACUUUCAGCCUUUCAGGCCCUCCUGUUAUGUUAAAGAGUGUUACUUUUCAUUCAAGGGCGCCCAUGGAAAACAGAUGAAUUGAGAUUAAAAAGCAAUGAGGACCUACACAAACUAUGGUAUGUGCUGCUGAAGGAGAGGAACAUGCUCCUCACCCUGGAGGAGAUGUACCUGAAACAGAAGGGAGCAAUGGCCAGUCCAGAGAGAAUUGAAAAGGUUGAGGAAAGCAUGGAGAACGUGAUGUCAGUGGUGAGAGAACGAAAUGAGGCAUACAAAGUUUUGGAACAUGGCGAGUCACUGGCACAUCCUGGCAGGGUUGUUAGAAAUGAUGUUGGCCUUCCAGACUACAAGAAUCCCUCGCAGCACUAUAAGCCUAGAGAGUCCAGUACUCACUAUAAGCGUCUACACCUGAAUUACAAUCGAUGGAUGGACAAGCACCUGGUGCGCUAUGAGGAGGUGCUGCGGCGGGGCUACAAGCAGCAUGUGCUCCUGGUGGAGGUGGAGAAGCAGCGCCUGGAGAGCCUGUACGGGCUGGAGGGAGAGGACCUGGAGGGCUACGUGAGGGACCGCAUGGAACACGGUUGCAACAAGCUGCAGCAGUACCUCAACAUGACUGCAGAACUCAAUAACUAUGCCAAGUGA